UUUCAGGAAAGAAGAAAAGAAUUUGAGAGCAAUCUGCAAAAGGCUGGUUUGGAACUAGAAACAGAAGACAAAAAGGAAUCCGAAGAUGGCAAAAUCUACUUUGUGAAGAUCCAUGCCCCAUGGGAGGUUCUGAUCACAUACGCCGAAGUGCUGAACAUUAAAGUUCCCAUCAGGGAGAAUGACAUUCCAUCGACGGUGGAGAACCCCUUGGACUGUGUCCUCAUGCCGUUCAGGCUCCCCGAGAACGUGAUGCACCCUGAGCCUGACUACUUCACAGCGCCGUUCAGCAAGGACAAGCAGGAGUUGUAUCUCAUUAAUGAUGAGAGCACUUUCUUUUCGCCAUCCAUGAGGAACAGAAUAGUUUACUAUAUUUUAACACGUUGCCCAUAUGGGACAGAAGAAGGGAAGAAAAAGUUUGGGAUUAAAAGACUGCUAAAUAAUGGCACCUAUUCAGCUGCAUAUCCUCUACAUGAUUGCCAGUACUGGAAAAAGGCAAGUGAUCCCAACUGCGACAGCGAGCGAUACACGCUGUACAUGGAGUGGGCCCGUUUCUUACGGUUCUACAAAGAGCAGCCCUUGGACCUCAUCAGGAAGUACUAUGGUGAGAAGAUUGGAAUCUAUUUUGCCUGGCUGGGAUUUUACACUGAGAUGCUAUUCCUUGCAGCAGUUGUUGGCUUAAUCUGUUUUCUCUAUGGCUUGUUUACAAUGGAUGAAAAUAUGAGCAGCAAAGAAAUCUGUGACCCUGCAAUUGGAGGAGAGAUCAUCAUGUGCCCUCUUUGUGACCAAGACUGUGACUACUGGAAGCUAAACACCACGUGUGCCUCCUCAGAGUAUUCCCACUUGUUUGAUAAUGUGGCAACUCUUUUCUUUGCUGUUUUCAUGGGUAUAUGGGUUACUCUUUUCCUGGAGUUCUGGAAGCGACGGCAAGCUAGACUGAAAUAUGAGUGGGACUUGGUUGAUUUUGAAGAAGAACAGCAGCAACUCCAGCUGAGGCCUGAGUAUGAAGCCAAGUGUACCCAAAAGAAGAAGAAUCCUGUAACUCAGGAGAUGGAGCCUUAUUUGCCUCUAACUAGCCAAGCUGUACGGUUCUGCAUCUCAGGAACUACCGUGUUGUUCUGGGUGUCUCUCAUCAUAGCAAGCAUGAUAGCGGUGAUCGUGUAUCGCCUCGCGGUGUACGCCGCCUUCGCCAGCCUCAUGGAGAACACACAGACGUUGGAGCCCAUCAGCGGGCUGCUCACGCCUCAGCUGGCCACUUCGGUCACCGCCUCGUGCCUCAACUUCGUCAUCAUCAUGAUUCUUAACUUCCUGUAUGAGAGAAUAGCCAUCUGGAUUACUGACAUGGAGAUUCCCAGAACUCAUCUGGAAUAUGAAAACAGGCUGACUAUGAAAAUGUUUCUGUUCCAGUUUGUCAACUAUUACUCGUCCUGCUUCUAUGUGGCCUUCUUCAAAGGGAAGUUUGUUGGUUACCCAGGUGCUUACACAUACAUGUUUAAUCGCUGGCGAAAUGAAGAGUGCGACCCUGCAGGCUGCCUGAUAGAGCUGACGACACAACUCACUAUCGUCAUGGCUGGCAAACAGAUCUGGGGGAACAUACAAGAGGCCAUCGUCCCCUGGAUUUGUAACUGGUGGGGACGACGGAAAGCGAGAAGUAAUCCCGAAAACUUGUACAGUCGCUGGGAGCAGGACCAUGAUCUGCAGAUAUUUGGUGCCUUGGGUCUGUUCUAUGAAUAUCUAGAAAUGGUAAUUCAGUUUGGGUUUAUCACUCUCUUUGUGGCCUCCUUUCCUCUGGCUCCCCUCCUUGCUCUGAUGAAUAAUAUUUUGGAGAUCCGAGUCGACUCCUGGAAGUUAACCACACAGUACAGGAGACCCGUUGCUGCCAAGGCACACAGCAUAGGAGUUUGGCAAGAAAUCCUGAACGGAAUGGCCAUCUUGUCUGUUGUCACUAAUGCUUUUAUUGUGGCGUUCACAUCGGAUAUGAUUCCUCGUUUAGUUUACUACUACGCUUAUUCUACAAAUGAUGCCUCUCCUAUGUCUGGAUACAUAAAUAAUAGUUUGUCAGUGUUUCAAAUCUCAGAUUUCCCUACCAGAAACAAGCCAAAAAUGAAUCCAGAUAACUUUGUCAUAUGCAGGUACAGAGACUAUCGAUAUCCUCCAGAUCAUGAGAGGAAAUAUUUACACACUAUGCAAUUCUGGCACAUUCUUGCUGCAAAAAUGGCCUUUAUAAUUAUUAUGGAGCAUGUUGUAUUCAUCGUUAAGUUCUUUGUAGCUUGGAUGAUUCCUGAUGUCCCUGCAGAUGUGAAAGCCAAAAUAAAACGUGAGAAGUACCUGACACAGAAAAUCCUACAUGAGUAUGAACUCGAAAAACUGAAGGAGAAACUGUGCCGAGGUGACACGCAAGCCACUGAAAAGGAGUUAAUUACCACGGAAGGGAAAGUGGAAUUAUCCAGAGCCAUGUAGCAUUGAAGCAACUACUGUAUGGGAUUCAGCUCGUGGGUCUGUGCUUUGCUCAGUGUGAGGCAUCCCAAGCAAUGGGAUGCUCCGACCCCUUUGCUUU